CUGCCCCACGUGGGGGCCCCGCGCUCCCAUUGGCCAGCGCCGGGCGAAGCUGCCACAUUAUUUUGUUACUUUUCAGUCCCUAUUUGGAACUGCUCUCGCGGCAGUUCAGACCUCGUGCUCGUCCCCCUCGCCUGUCUGUGUGUGGUAUCCGCAGGUCCGGGGCACUUUUUUGCGCUCUUCUGCCUGCGCGCUCCGAGGCGGCGGUGGCGGCACCGAGCGCUCCUCGCUGGGGACUCGGCGCUCGGACUGGGAGCAGCGAGGACACCCUUGCGUCGGCUUCUAGUGCCUACUGGAGUUAGGAUGCCAGGGCGGUUGAUUCCCACCUACUGAACCCGGAGUUUCCUCCUCGGCCCUGGGAAGGGCUUGCAGCGGCGGCGGCGGCGGCGGCGGCGGCAGUAGCAGACGGAACAGCAGGCUUUCCUCUCCGAGGGGGGGCGUCGAAGCGCCCGCGCCGGGCUCCCGCCCUCACCCUCCGGCGCUCCUGCGGCCCCAAGCCGCCACCACGGUGCCUGCCUCCUUCCUCUUCUCUCCGAGAGCCGCCCCUGGGAUCGGACCCGUGCGCCCUGGAUGCUGAGGCUGCCCUGGCGCGCCCCCCUCCCGGCGCGACGCGCUAAGUGAACCGGAGGGCGCCCGCGCUUGCCCCAGGAGGGGCCCCCAGACCUCGGGACCCCGCGCCGGACCCGCCGGGGAGACGACGAUGUCCGCGCAGCCCCCAGCUCUGACGCGCUCCACGCAGCGGGGGGAAGGCGGCCGGCCGCAGCUCGCGGAGCCCUAGGUGCACAAAGCCCGCGCCCGCCGACGACUUUGCCGCCUGCUCCUCGGCUCUUUGUCUCCGCUUGGUGCGGGCGCCGGACUCUGGGAUUUCGGUGCGAGAUCGGGCUGGGGGGGCCGGGGGCGAGCUCUCGGUUUCCCGGCCGCCCCCCGCUCGGGUUCGGCUCCCCCCUCCCCCGCACCUCCCCGGCCCGGGCUCUCUGCGCUUCCACUCUCUCGGAAUCACGACCCCUCCCUGCCAUGUAUCCGCAAGGCAGACAUCCGGCUCCCCAUCAACCAGGGCAGCCAGGAUUUAAAUUCACGGUGGCUGAGUCUUGUGACAGGAUCAAAGACGAAUUCCAGUUCCUUCAAGCUCAAUAUCACAGCCUCAAAGUGGAGUACGACAAGCUGGCGAACGAGAAGACGGAGAUGCAGCGCCAUUAUGUGAUGUACUACGAGAUGUCCUACGGUUUGAACAUUGAGAUGCACAAGCAGACAGAGAUUGCGAAGAGGCUGAACACGAUCUUAGCACAGAUCAUGCCUUUCCUGUCACAAGAGCACCAGCAGCAAGUGGCGCAGGCGGUGGAGCGCGCCAAGCAGGUCACCAUGACAGAGCUGAACGCCAUCAUCGGGCAACAGCAGCUCCAGGCGCAGCACCUCUCCCAUGCCACACAUGGCCCCCCGGUCCAGCUGCCACCCCACCCGUCAGGCCUCCAGCCUCCAGGGAUCCCCCCAGUGACGGGGAGCAGCUCAGGGCUGCUGGCGCUUGGCGCGUUGGGCAGCCAGGCCCACCUGUCAGUGAAGGACGAGAAGAACCACCAUGAGCUGGACCACAGAGAGAGAGAAUCCAGUGCGAAUAACUCAGUGUCGCCCUCGGAAAGCCUGCGAGCCAGUGAGAAGCACCGGGGAUCUGCAGACUACAGCAUGGAAGCCAAGAAGCGGAAAGCAGAGGAGAAGGACAGUUUGAGCCGAUACGACAGUGACGGGGACAAGAGUGAUGAUCUAGUGGUGGACGUUUCCAAUGAGGACCCUGCGACACCCCGCGUCAGCCCGGCACACUCCCCUCCUGAAAAUGGGCUGGACAAGGCCCGUGGCCUGAAGAAGGAUGCCCCCACCAGCCCCGCCUCGGUGGCCUCCUCCAGCAGCACACCCUCCUCCAAGACCAAAGACCUUGGUCAUAAUGACAAAUCCUCCACCCCUGGACUCAAGUCCAACACGCCAACCCCGCGGAAUGAUGCCCCAACUCCUGGCACCAGCACGACCCCGGGGCUCCGGUCAAUGCCAGGCAAACCUCCAGGCAUGGACCCGAUAGGUAUAAUGGCCUCGGCCCUGCGCACGCCCAUCUCCAUCACCAGCUCCUACGCCGCGCCCUUUGCCAUGAUGAGCCACCACGAGAUGAACGGCUCCCUCACCAGCCCCAGCGCCUACGCGGGCCUCCACAACAUCCCGCCCCAGAUGAGCGCGGCUGCGGCCGCCGCCGCUGCUGCCUAUGGCCGAUCGCCAAUGGUGAGCUUUGGAGCUGUUGGCUUUGACCCUCACCCCCCCAUGCGGGCCACAGGCCUGCCCUCAAGCCUCGCCUCCAUUCCUGGUGGAAAACCAGCCUACUCUUUCCAUGUGAGCGCCGAUGGGCAGAUGCAGCCUGUGCCCUUCCCCCACGACGCCCUGGCAGGCCCUGGCAUCCCCAGGCACGCCCGGCAGAUCAACACACUCAGCCACGGGGAGGUGGUGUGUGCAGUGACCAUCAGCAACCCCACGCGCCACGUCUACACAGGAGGCAAGGGCUGCGUGAAGAUCUGGGACAUCAGCCAGCCAGGGAGCAAGAGCCCCAUCUCCCAGCUGGACUGCCUGAACAGGGACAACUACAUCCGCUCUUGCAAGCUGCUCCCUGACGGGCGCACGCUCAUCGUGGGCGGCGAGGCCAGCACGCUCACUAUCUGGGACCUGGCCUCCCCCACGCCACGCAUCAAGGCUGAGUUGACGUCCUCGGCUCCGGCCUGCUACGCCCUGGCCAUCAGCCCUGAUGCCAAAGUCUGCUUCUCCUGCUGUAGUGACGGCAACAUCGCCGUGUGGGACCUGCACAACCAGACCCUGGUCAGGCAGUUCCAGGGCCACACGGACGGGGCCAGCUGCAUAGACAUCUCCCAUGACGGCACCAAGCUGUGGACGGGAGGCCUGGACAACACCGUGCGCUCCUGGGACCUGCGGGAGGGCCGGCAGCUGCAGCAGCACGACUUCACCUCCCAGGUGCGCGCCUGAGCCCCUCCCCGUCCGCUGGAGCAGCGUGGGGCCUCCCUCCCGGGUCUCAGUGGCUGGUUCGGGGGACCAAGGGGUCCUCACGCGUAACCAUUACAAGUGGACCUGAGACCAACCUGAGUCAUCUGGGAAGGCUUCCUGGAGGAAGUGCCAUGAAAUAGAAUCCACAAGGCUUUGGAGUCGGUCGACUUGCCCCUGCUGCUCAGACGUGACUCCCAGCUCUUCUGCCAUCGAGCAUUUGGCCUCAGUUUUCUCAUUCACGGGAUGGGAAUAGUCAUAGCUACCUCAUGGCUCUGGUGUGAGCACCUGAAAUGGUCCCUCUGAAAGCCUUGGCUAUAAGCCUAUAGAAAGCAUUCUAUACAUGCUAGGUAUUACUUUUUGUUAUUGUAUUAUUUGUGUUAAUGUUUUAAUCUUGCAUGUUUAAUACAUUAGUGUUUUAUUUACUCAUAUUUUUCUUAAGGAAAGGUAAAAGUCACUGAGACAGAGAAGAACUUUGAAAGUGAAAUAUCUGUGUCAUCUCUGAGUUUGAAUCCUGGCUCUGCCACUUUAUUUCCAGAGUCAGCAACCUCUCUGAGCCUCAGCUUCCUCACCUGGGAAGUUGACUGGGGAUAAAACACUAUUCCCUGGAGGGGGAGAGAGGGGGACUUGG